UUUUUAAUUUCUGUGUUUCCUCAGACGACUCCGACGAAACUCCUCUUCCACCGACUGCAGAGCGACAGGUGGUCCAGUCUCUGGGCGUGGCCAUCUACAGAGCUCUGGACUGGGGCCUGGACGACAGUGAGGAACGGGAGCUCAGUCCGCAGCUGGAGCGCCUCAUCGAGCGCAUGGCCGGCGGGGGCCCGGACGGGGGCCCGGGCGGGGGGGGCGACAGCAUCGCCGGAAACGGAGCGGCGGAUGAGGGGUACAGCGGACAAGAGGAGGAAGAGGAAGAGGAGGAGGAGGAGGAGAAGGCGAAGGAGAAGGAGGGAGCGAUGAGGCCGGUGUGUACGUUCCGUCAGGUGAUGGCGAUGUGUGCGUCCCGGCUGUCCGAUCCCAGCCUGGCUCCAGAGCACUACCCGGCUGUGUGCAGGGCUCUGUUCGUAGAGACGCUGGAGCUGCAGACCUUCCUCACCAAGAUCAGAGACGCCAAAGAGAUGCUGAAGAAGAUCACGACAGAGGAAGCUCUGGAAGAUCAGUCGACAGCUGAGCUGGACGCACUGAAGAACAGAGACUGGGCCCGUCUGUGGGUGCAGCUGAUGAAGGAGCUCAGACAGGGAGUGAAGCUGAAGAAGGUGCAGGAGCAGCCGUUCAACCCGCUGCCCACAGAGUUCAGCCUCACGCCCUUCGAGAUGCUGAUGCAGGACAUACGAGCGCGAAGGUUCCAGCUGCGUAAAGUCAUGGUGGACGGGGACAUUCCCACCCGAGUGAAGAGAAACGCACAUGAACUGAUUCUGGAUUUCAUCAGGUCACGACCUCCGCUCAAACCAGUCAUGGAGCGCAGCCUCCCCCCUCCUCCCCCGCAGCAGCAGUCCCUCCAUGACCAGGUCCUCGCUGAGAUCAAGCAGGAGAGGAAGCUCAGGCCCGUGGACCCGCCCAGCUCCAGACCCUUCGGCUCUCUGCCCUGUCUCGCUCAGACGUGUCCCUGCAGCGUCAAAUCUACUUCAUGCAUCGACUUGUCUGUGUCGGACUCUGGGCCCCGGCCCUCGUCCCGCCCUCGCAUCCUGCUCAAGGCCCCGACUCUGGCAGAGAUGGAGGAGAUGAACAUAUCAGAGGAGGAGGAGUCCCCAGACAACAGCGAGCUGAAGCGGGUGGAGAGCUCCCCCAUGCCUCUGAAACGGGACCGUUCCUUCUCUGAGCACGACCUGGCGUUGCUCCGUGGAGAGAUGCUUCCUUCGCUCUCCGAGUCGGCCCAGCUGGACGGGGCGGUCAGGCUGAGAUUCGAGAGGCCGCGGUCCCGGACUCUGACCAGCUGCGGACCGCCACCUUACUUCAGAGCAUCCUUCCCGGGUCACAGCUGGGUGCCGUCCUCCCCGGCCCGUCUGUCUCUGAGCUCAGUGGACGAGACCACGGAGGCCUCAGAGGCGGCGUCACGCUCCAGAGCUGCAGACGAGCACCAGUGGAUGGAGGAGUUCAGUCAUCCUGUGGAGAGUCUCGCUCUCACCGUGGACGAGGUCAUCAACGUGCGCCGAGUGCUCGUCAAAGCUGAGAUGGAGAAGUUUCUUCAGAGCAAAGAGCUUUACAACAACCUGAGGAGAGGCAAGGUUUGCUGCUGCUGCAGAGUCAAGUUCCCUCUCUUCUCGUGGCCGUCUACGUGCCUGCUGUGUAAACGAUCCGUCUGUGGCUCCUGCAGCGCGAAGAUGAAGAUUCCCUCGAAGAAGAUGGCUCACAUCCCCGUGUACACGGUGGGAUUCCACAGCGCCCCCAAGAGCCACGCACACAAAAGCCAAGUCUAUAAGUCCCUGAGGAGUUUGUCCCGUCGCUCAGUGGAGGAGGAGUUCCCUCACCUCUACGCUCAUGGCUGCACGCUGCGUGACAUCUGCGCCGAAUGCACCAAGUUCGUAGCCGAUGUCAUUUCCUCCAGCCGCCGGAGCCUGGACAUCCUCAACAACACUCCCAAGAGGGAGGCCAGGGCCGCGGCCGCCGCCGCGGCCGCCGCCGCUCACAGGCCACAGCUGCAGCGUCAGUCCCACCUGGAGACUUUUCCUCAGCAGGACCCUCCCCCCCAGCCUCACCCACAGUCACUGUGUCUCCCCCAGCUCCCUCCCCAGGCCCAUCAGCAACAGCAGCAACUUCACGCGUCAUUGCCUCCUUCUUCGCCGCAGCUCCGCAACGACACGAUCAACAAUGUGAACCAAUGAUUAGAUACACACUGUUUACCUUUCUGCCUCCACACACACACACACACACACACACACACACACACUGACACUGCACACACACACACACACACACACACACACACACUGACACUGCACUACACU